AUUUUCCUUUGGGAUGAUUUUUGUCUAGUUCCAAAACUCCCUAGAAAGACCAAGGGCUUUUUUGACUUGAAGCGUUUUGCUGUGAAAAGCCUCAAAGGAGAAAAUAAGGGAAUGGCAGGUUGGAAGCCCCUUUGACGCGAAAAUAUCACAGGCUUGUUUGUAAAUCGUUGUCCCCGUAGCUAAUCAGUAACAAUAACUUGGUGAAAAGAUGGGGGUCCCAUUGGGGAUAAUCUUAUGGUUAUUGUAUAUCAUCAUUAGUUUACCCCCACUGGUUCCUCCAAGGGGAGGAAGGCUGCAAGCUCUGCCCAUCCCGCAACCCCCAGGCUUUUUUACGGGGAGAGGGGGGCGACAUCGAGCCGGAAGGUCUCACUUUGAGGUCGUUGGAAUUUCACACUUGUACGGAAAAAAAAAAAGGCUGUCCCCCUCGUGGACUUGGGUCUCACUUUUUGCUAUUCGCCUGCCGGUUCUCAGCAAAAAACAACACACUAGUCUUUGUUGUGUCUCCUGGGUUCCUGGUGAGGGUAUAAAAAGGGCAAUGCCUGAGCUUUGCACACGUUCUCUCCACAUAUUUCCAAACGUUUAUCUUGUUAUUACUCCACAUUUUUUUUUUAUUACGUCUUAGCUGCACUGCCCUCGCUUGCUCUUCCCGAUCCUUCCAAGGCGUUAGUUUUUAAUCGUCCAUUUCCCAAUCUCCUCUUUGCACAUAUCACUGUUACCCCACGUAGCCCAGCUUUCACUUUUGGCACGAUACCCACUACUCUUGGUCGUGAGAGUCAUCAUCAUCCCAUUCUCGGGCCUUUUCGUAUACGUUCUUGAACCCUGGAAGAGUAAAAACGUACACAACAAAAGAAGACUGUAGCGCAUCAUGUCGGCAGACCUACUUAACCACACCUCUGUGCUCUCGGACACCGCUGAAGCGAUCGUGGCAUCGGCAAAUGCCUUGCAAACACCCGUGGACGAGACACAAAAGAUUGAGUUCCCGCUCCAGUGUAUCGACAUCAAGGAUGUGAACAGUGUGGAAGAGGGCAUCACUGAAACGUUCCAGUUGCAUUCGCCUAUCAGUCCGGCGACAAGCGUGUCCUUACAGACAUUUGGAACCGAAUUGAUGGCGACGACUGCGGGUCCGCCUAUUACCGCUCUUUCAGGAGACUCUUCGCCGUCCGUAUCAAGUCGAGGGUCUACGUCGUCUCCGCUUUCUCCGCCAGUUCGACACAGCGGAAGCUCCUUCACAUACCCUCCCUUCGAGGGGCAAUUCUGCAUUCCCCCUCCUGUACAUUCCGAGAUUCCCACCUACGACGUUCGCAGACUGCCUACUCGGCAACUUCACUUUCGGUAUACCCAAAAUGAAAUUGCUUGCGCGGCGGAUUCGGGACUGGAACGGUACACUCCCCAACACUCUGCCCUUACAUUGAACAUUCCUGUUCAAGCGGUCAGUGGUCAGCUAGACAACUUGCCCGCUACUCCACCACCUAGUGAGACCUGCACUGCAUCGCCAACCAACGGGACACCUUUCACAUUCGGUGCACCACCCUGCUUUGAACCUGUACCGAACCUGGAGCAGUAUCUAAAACAAGAAGACCAGGAUUUGGGAUCCCUUGGUUCCUCAGCAGGAGAGUCGUCCCCAAUGAUCCCCGAACCACGGAUAAAAAGGCUUCGGAGCGCCUCGGAUUCGUUCUUGCAUUUUUCAAUGGAGCCGGCAAUGUUGAUGGGCAUGUCGCCUUCUCAAGCUGCGGAUAUUGCCAAUGCAUCCAGUAUUGCUGCAGAUAUCCAACGACGAAGAGCAAAAAACACUGAGGCAGCCCGUCGUUCUCGACAAAAGAAGGCCUGCAAAAUGCGUGCGCUCGAAGACAGAUGCCACGAGCUCGAAUCCCACGUCGUGGACCUUGAACGCCGCUACUCUGAUCGGUGCCGUGAAAAAGAAGAAUGUCUUGCCCGGGAAUCACUUCUCCGUGACCGCAUUUCGUCAUUGGAGCAGAUGUUGCAAGAGUCGCACAGUCUUGUUGUCAAGUGCUUUAAUUGGAAUGCUACGGAACAGUAGCGAGAUAUUUUUGGUCAAUUUGCUUAAAGCCCGUACGUAGCGGUGACUACUUGCACGGAUGCUGAGGAUAGUAAGAUUCUUAUUCUACAAAAACUUCUUUGCGGGCAAGGAUAAGUAGCAAAAACUGGCAAGCUUUCAUACAUUUAGCUCUGGUGUAAAUGUGCCAUUGACGGGAUGUACAUUGCUAGGCACUUUUCUUUUUUUUAAUAUUCAAUAACAUGAAGAAGUGACCUUUAUGACCACCUUUGGUGAAAUAGCACCAACGAUC